GGUGCGGGAGAAGGGGGAAGAAGGCGGAAGUCUCGGCAUUCGGAGCGCCGCUGCCCGGAGGAGAGCCGCCACUGUCACCGCCCGCCCGCCAGCCAUUGCAUGUGAAUAUGGACCCGGUAGGAGUCGCCGCCGCCCCCGAGGCCGGGCCGGGCCCCGCCUGGCGCAACAAGUGUCCGUGGGGAGCCCCUAACACAACAUCAAUGUCAUGUUCUCUUGCUGAUGUAAUGAGUGAACAGUUGGCCAAAGAGCUGCAGUUGGAAGAAGAAAAUGCUGCUUUUCCUGAAGUGGUUGCUGUUGCUGAAGGACCAUUUGUUACAGGAGAAAAUAUUGACACUUCUAGUGACCUAAUGCUAGCUCAGAUGCUGCAGAUGGAAUUUGACAGGGAAUACGAUGCGCAACUUCGGCGGGAAGAGAAGAAAAUCAAUGGAGAUAGCAAAGUCUCCAUAUCCUUUGAAAAUUAUCGGAAGGUGCACCCCUAUGACAGUGACAGCUCAGAGGAUGAGGUUGAUUGGCAGGAUACCCGUCACGACCCUUACAGAGCAGAUAAGCCGACUACUACACCAAGAAAAGGCUUCAUAGGGAAAGGAAAAGACAUUACUACUAAACACGAUGAAGUGGUGUGCGGAAGAAAGAACACUGCUCGCAUGGAAAAUUUUGCACCUGAAUUCCAGGUUGGGGAUGGAAUUGGGAUGGAUUUAAAGCUGUCAAAUCAAGUCUUCAAUGCCUUAAAGCAACACGCAUACUCUGAGGAACGGCGAAGUGCAAGGCUCCAUGAAAAGAAGGAGCACUCCACUGCUGAGAAAGCUGUGGAUCCUAAAACACGUUUGCUUCUGUACAAGAUGGUCAAUUCUGGGAUGCUGGAGACCAUCACAGGCUGCAUCAGCACAGGAAAAGAAUCUGUUGUUUUUCAUGCAUAUGGAGGAAAAAGUGCAACUGAAGAUAAAGUUAUGCCUCCAGAAUGUGCCAUCAAAGUGUUUAAAACCACACUUAAUGAAUUCAAGAACCGUGACAAGUACAUUAAGGAUGACUACAGAUUUAAAGACCGCUUCAGUAAAUUGAAUCCACGGAAGAUUAUUCGUAUGUGGGCUGAGAAAGAAAUGCAUAAUUUAACAAGAAUGCAAAAUGCAGGAAUUCCUUGUCCUCAAGUGGUUAUUCUUAAGAAACACGUCUUGGUUAUGUCUUUCAUUGGCCAGGAUCAAGUCCCAGCUCCCAAAUUAAAGGAUGUAACACUUAAUAGUGAAGAUAUGAAAAAGGCCUACUAUCAGAUUCUUGAUAUGAUGCAACAGCUGUAUAAGGAGUGCAACCUGGUCCAUGCAGAUCUGAGUGAAUACAACAUGCUUUGGCAUGAUGGGAAGGUGUGGCUUAUUGAUGUUAGUCAGUCUGUGGAGCCAACCCAUCCUCACGGACUUGAGUUUCUGUUCAGAGACUGUAGGAAUGUUUCACAGUUCUUCCAGAAAGGAGGUGUGGCAGAAGCACUUAAUGAGCGUGAACUCUUCAAUGCUGUCUCAGGUUUAAAUAUUACAGCUGACAAUGAAGUAGACUUCCAAGCAGAGAUUGAAGCUUUGGAGAAGACGAACGAAGACCACGUGCAGAAUCAUGGAAAGAAAUUGUCAAUGUUUUCAAGCGAUGGAGACCCACCUAUAUACAAUGAAUAGCACUGAGUGUAUAGCUGCUAACGUAAAUGAAACACAAAUUUACUGCUUCUAACAAUGUUGGUGCUGUGGUAAAUGUCAACUACCAAUGUCAAGAGAGAGCGGUUGACAGGGAAUACCGAAAAGGGAAACGCAGCGAGCGUAUGGUGAUGCCUCAGUGGCUUUUCUUUUUUAACUCAGCCCACACAUCAGGCUGGCACUGUGAGAAUGGACUGUCACUACCUCUUUGGAUGGUCUGAUAACUUCACUGGUUGCACAUUAAUGUAGCUGAGGUGGUUGCAUUUAGCAGGAUUCAGAGCUUAUACAUUUUAGUUUUAAAAAAAAACCCAAAAAUAAUUUUAAAAAAAUUAUCUAGAUCAUCUGAAGUAUUUAGUGGGAAAGCACACUAGGAGAGUCCCUCUUUUUUCAUUCCUGACACUUUGAAAAACUAAUAGAACUUGUGUAUGGACAUAAUGUCAGUGAACUUUUCAACCUUCUCCACAAAAGGCAAAAUGAAAACUCAAACUAUGCAUUGCACUCAUGUGAAAACGUUAACAAACCAAUGUCUUUGAAUAUGCAAAAGUCUGGACCUUUUCAUUUGAAAGAUGUGGCUCUACCUAUUAACACUCUUUAACAGUGUAAAUACAAUGAGGUAUUACAUGAGAAACAGAUUUUAGUCCAACUAGGAGAUUUCUUUGGUAAGGCGCCAGCAAAUCUUGAGUGCUGCAUCCAAGUUGCUUAACACAGAGCAAAGAGUAAGUUCAGUUAAUUUUACUCUUAAUACACAAGUGGUUCCAAGAACUUGGUGCAAGCAAAAACAAUUCUAGGUGGAACAUCAAACAUUCUUACUGACCCCAAAGAUAAACGUAAUCAAAACUAAAUAUUGAUCAUUAGUUUUAAAUGAAGAUUUUUGCUUUCCAGUGCUAAAGGGACACUCAAAUUUGUCUUUCUUGUGCUUUUAUUCUUAAUGUCAGUCUUUUUAUUUGAACAAGUUUUAAAAAUCUGGCACUGUUUCUCUGCAAAACACCCUAUUUAAAGAGGAUAUAGUGGGAUGAUUUGGAAUUAAUGUAAUUCUGAUAAACUUCUUUUUAACUCUGAUCACUGUUUCUGAUGCUGCUCUUUAUCAAGCAGAAUAUCCUGUUGCUACAUGUGACCUUCUCACAGUGUGCUGUGAAAGUAUUUUAUAAAAAAAAAUAAAUAAAAUUGUUGGAAAACUGGUGGUGAAGUAAAAACUGAAGAUCU